UCCCUGCAUUUACCAAGAAAAGAUGCAGGGGUGGAUGCGAGAUGCGUUUAUGUUUGAGAGCGUGGGAUUCGGAGGUGACCAUAAAUUUUUGUGGGAUGUAACGGAUGGACAUGCCGCAAUUUGCUUUAAUCUGCUCUCAGCAACCCCGUUUCUCUUCUCAUCUCUCUUUCCCCCCUCCCUUUCUCUCUACCAUCUCCCACAUCUUUCUUGCAGGGAGGGAGUGAGAGAGAAAGAGGGACAAAAAAUUGUCGUGUCGUAGAAGGAGGACACGCGCACAGCAUUUCGACGAAGGGAAAAAGCAGAAAUUUGAGGGGAGAGAGAUUAAACCCUGCCCAUUAGAUUAAUUUCUGUAAAUUAAAUGUUUUUGAAUGAUAUAUCUUCAUCCGAAAUUCUUUUUCAAGGACGGAAGAGGAGAGAGAGGCUGAAUCAUUAUCAAGAUAUUUGUGCGUAGGGGCCUUGAGAUUGGCUUCUUUAUCUGAAAGCUGAAAAGAAAAAAAAAAUUAUCUUCAUUUGCCAUGGUGGUUUUACAUUUUUAGCUCUUUUCCCACAUGCUAAAGGAAGAAAACAGGGACUAUUCAGGGCAGGGAAUGCAUUGGCUACUUUGGAAUUCUUAAUCCUUGCUUGCUUGUAUAUUUCUCUCCAUUUCUGAGAAAUGGUGGGAGUAUCAGAUAAUAUCCGUGGGUUUUUCUUGGCAAUUUCUUCAAGUAUAUUUAUCGGUUCGAGUUUCAUCAUAAAGAAAAAAGGUCUAAAAAGGGCAGGGGCUGCAGGAACUCGAGCAAGUGAUGGAGGAUAUUCUUACCUGAAGGAACCUUGGUGGUGGGCUGGGAUGAUUACAAUGAUCCUUGGGGAGGGUCUAAAUUUUGCUGCCUAUGCAUAUGCUCCAGCUAUCCUUGUCACUCCCUUGGGAGCUCUGAGUAUCAUUUUCAGUGCAAUAUUAGCCCAUUUUAUUUUGGAUGAACGGUUACAUAUGUUUGGGGUGGUUGGUUGUAUCCUCUGCUUGUUUGGUUCUGUCACUAUUGUUUUGCAUGCCCCCCUGGAGAGGGAUAUUGAAUCCGUCAAGCAAGUAUGGCAGCUUGCCACUGAGCCAGGGUUUAUUGUCUACACUGUUGUAGUUUUGGUUGUCGUCAUUGUAUUAAUAGUUUUCUAUGUUCCACGCUAUGGACAAUCGCAUAUGGUUGUGUACAUUGGAAUUUGCUCCCUCAUGGGUUCUCUUACAGUUAUGGGUGUCAAAGCAGUUGCAAUUGCUCUGAAGCUGUCAUUUUCAGGAUCAAAUCAGUUUAUAUACUUUGAGACUUGGUUUUUCACUAUUUUGGUCAUUGCUUUCUGUUUUAUGCAGAUGAUAUAUCUGAACAAGGCACUGGAUAUCUUCAAUACAGCCGUGGUUUCCCCUGUGUAUUACGUCAUGUUCACUACCCUCACGAUCGUAGCCAGUAUGAUAAUGUUUAAGGAAUGGCAUUCACAAACUACAACACAAAUUGUUUCUGAGUUCUGCGGUUUUGUGACCAUCCUUUGUGGAACGUUUCUCCUCCACAAAACAAAGGACAUGGGAGGGUCCCCGACCAUGGCGACCCCGCUAUACCACCGCUCUAGAGAUUCGAGUCCAAGAGAGGUAGAGCCUUGACGCAUGCCGACAUUGUUAAGUUUUGAGGAUAAAUAUGCUGGAAUAAUUAGAGAUAAAGCUCAUGGCUAUGGGGAAAAUGAGCACACACUUCUUAGCACUAAAAGUUUUGCUGCUUGUAGGAAAAGUUGAAGUUCUGGUCCAAAGAGGAGUAAGUUUUCCAUUUCAAAUACCUCAAACCCAACUCUCCUUACUCUUGCACACCUCCACAAU